GAAAAAUACUUACUCUUUUCUCUUCACUCCGACACAAACAUCUAAAAGACAACAUUUUUCCUCAAAUGUUGGUCGCUUCUGUGUUUGGUUUGGGACGAAUCCAUGUCUCCCUUCUUCCCAAAACCACUCAAUUUUUUUCCUCAAAACCUCACCCAGUGUCUCAACUUCGAGCCUCUGUGACUAACAAAAGAACCAGAAAAAGCUUGCAGCUUCAGCAGCACGUUCCCGAAAUUGAAACGGAAAAGCAUCAGAAAGAGAUCCCAGAUUUUGCACUUGCACGCGCAAGAUCAAAUGAAUUGGUUCAUAGUGGUGAAGCCCCUGUCAACUGGGAAAAGGUUCUUCAAGGAAUUCGCCAAAUGAGGAGUUCAGCAGAUGAACAUGAACCACUUGCGCGCGAGGAAACUUCUCAUAAUACUGUACCUCCUAAGGAAAGAAGAUUUGCUGUUCUUGCAUCUUCCCUUUUAUCAAGCCAAACUAAGGAGCAUGUUACUCAUGGAGCGACUCAACGUCUUCAAGAAAAUGGCCUGCUUACUGCUGAAGCAAUGAACAAAGCUGAUGAAGAAACCAUAAAAAAGUUGAUUUACCCUGUUGGAUUUUAUACAAGAAAAGCGAGUUACUUGAAGAAAGUUGCUGACAUUUGCCUCAUGAAGUAUGAUGGAGACAUACCUAGCUCAAUCCAGGAACUACUCUUGCUCCCAGGAGUAGGUCCUAAGAUUGCUCAUCUGGUUAUGAUUUGUGGAUGGAACAAUGUCCAAGGGAUAUGUGUAGAUACUCACGUACACCGUAUCUGCAAUCGUCUUGGGUGGGUUUCUAGAUCAGGCUCAAAACAGAAAACUUCGACACCAGAAGAAACCAGACAAAGGCUGCAACUAUGGCUUCCGAGGGAAGAAUGGGUUCCAAUAAAUCCUCUUUUGGUAGGAUUUGGACGAUCAAUUUGUACUCCUCUACGGCCUCACUGUGGAGAGUGCAGUGUAAGUAGCUUCUGUCCAUCAGCAUACAAGGAGGUUUCAAGCUUUUCAUCAAAGUCCAAAAAACUUACAUUGAACAAGAAGCCUUAAUCGAGCCAAUGUUGCUUUAAAGGUUUAAAGUAAUGAUCUUCUGAUUAUAAGAUAAUAUAAUAACACUAUCAUGCGAAGACUGCAAAAUCUUCAUUUUGAAAAUAGUACUUAUUAUAACAUCACACAUAACUUUAUUCA